UCUACAGCUACCGCGGAAGGCUGAGAGGAGGAGGAGAGAGGAAGAGGAAGAUAAACAUCACACAGAGGAGGGGAAAAAUUGGGAGGGCGCAGUGUCCAGCUUGUCUAUCGAGCAACAAACCGGCAAAAUAGUGAGAAUCAGUCGAGGUCAGUGAUGCUUCAUCAUCAGGACCAGCCUCUGAACUCAGCCUACGGAGGCUCCAACAAUAGUUCCUCAUUCCAAAACAGGAAGUACGACAAAGACGGCAACUUCAACUUCCUGCCAGGCAAAGAUGACGAGGGCUAUACGGGAAAUAUAGAAGGAGGAGGAGGAGAUGAGAACCGAAACCAGGUGCGGCCCCGAAACUUGGGCCCACUGGGGCGUGACCCCCCAAACUCGGGCGUUCUGUCGCCGCGCUCCCGCAUGUCCUGCUGGAGCCGCCUUGAGCCUCUGCCUGAAAUUGAAGGUGGGGACGAUGGUUAUGGUAGAGUGCCCCCUGAUGGAGCGGAGGAGAGGAGGAUGGAGGAAGAGGAGGGAAGGAUGAUGAUGACCCAGGAUGAUGAGAAGCAGAGAGAGAAGAGGGGGCAGCAGAGGAGGAAGGGCAGCACAGAGUUCAGAGGAAGGCAGGAAGAGGAUUAUGAUGCACCGCUGGACGACGAAUGGGGAGACAGCGACUCCGAGUCUGAGUACAGCUACCGAUCUGGCGGCAGCAUGUCUUCCCUCAACAUGGAAAGCGGGGGAGAGGGGAUGCUCAUGGGAGGCUGGGACCGCAUCGGUGUCGGGGAACCAAAAUCUAAUCUUCCGGAAAGCAGCCCAGCAGGAAACAGAGACCCAGCCACGAGACAAAGAAGCUUUAGCCGGAAGUCCCUCCCAGGAAGCAACCUGGGAAAUCUGGAGGAAGGAGAGGAAGAUCAAGACGAUGACGACGAUCAGUCCUCCGACUCAGACGGCGAGAUGCCAGAGCUGAUGGACACCGUGUGGACGCUGCGGGACCGCGAGCGCUUCAAGGCUCAGGAAAUGGAGAAGCACCAGGUGCAGCUGACCAUGUAUCGCCGCCUGGCACUGAUCCGCUGGGUCCGCACCCUUCAGGGCCGCGUCCAGGAGCAGCAGAACCGCCUUCAGUCCAGCUUUGACGUCAUCCUCACUCACAGGAAGGAGUUGCUGCGAAUGGGCGCCGCCGCUGCCAUAGCCAACACUGCUCCCGCUGCUGCUGUCAGCCAAUCAUGAAAGGAAACAAGUGUUUAAAAACUGCACUUUUGCUCAUAAAUUUCCCCUGGAAAAAGGAAAAAAAAAUCUCCCAUCAUCCCGUUGGACAUUUUUAAGCUUUAUGUUGCUUAUUGUUGCUCAUCUUCCCUGUUUUCCCACCCAGAGCAUCAGUUACUGUAUCAAACUCAUCUUUGGUCUGCUGAAGACUGGCUUUAACUUCAGUUUCUACACAAAAACCAAAAUGUCACAUGACUUAGGAUGUAUUCUCAUUAAAGCAAUUACUUUAUGAACUCUUGGGUGUUAUUAUAAUAUGAUGUUUAUAUCAGAAAUGUCCUACAUGCUGUUGUUACUUGUCGUGACCUCUGCGUAAAAAAAAAAAGAUGGAAAGAUGAUUUCUACCAGGAGAUGCUGUAUAUAAUUAUGAUCGAUUAAAAGAAUAAAGUAUCCUUCUAUCUAA